AUGCAGCCCUGCGCGCGCACAAGUUUCGGGCUUUUGGGACCUGCUGCGCCUGCUGCGCCUGCGCUGUGUGCGAAGAAAGGUCCGAGACAAGGUUGGGCCGAAAUUGGCGGCAAAACUGCAGUUCAGGCGUCUGGCUGCCCGGGCGUUUUGCAUCCCAACGAAGCGGUGGCAAUGCCGCUGCAAGCGCUUGUUCAGAUUAUACUUCCAGCUCCAGAUGACGAGAUGGAGGAGCUCGCUGCCACUUUGAAUAGUUGGCCGGACGACGUCACACCAGAGUGGCCUGAAAUCCAAAAACAACUGGAGGAUGUGAAGCAGAAACAUCAACGGCCAGACUACGUCUUCAGGUAUCUCUUGCCAAACGAUGAUGAAAAAAAACUCUAUGAUUUGAAUGAUGAAAUCAACUUUGACGAUUUGGUUCGCACCUAUGACGAGAACAAGAAACCGGACUGGGAGCCUCCUUUGGUUCUGCCUUUGGUUCUUGCCGCUCCAUCUCAAACGACCUGGGAUCCUGCAGAGGAGUUGCCAGAGAUGCAGUUGACGGUCAGGAAUACCUUCCUAGAGUUUGGCCAAGCGCAGAGACUGCAGGAUAUUCUUAAAAAGAAUGUCACUUCGCAUAUUUGAGGCGACUGGUUGGCUUGUUUUGAAAAAACUCCAGCCUCACCAAAUGGUGACCCUAGCGGCUUUUUGCACAUAGAAAUCCAACUGCACAUUCAAAGGCAGUGGCUGGGUAGGGUAGAUGAUAGAUCUGCGUUGCCCAGAAAAGAAGGGAGCGCCAAACUGUUGCCUUGACAUCAAGAGUGGGAUGCGUGCAUACAGAUGGUCCAUGUUGGGUAAGUCUUC